AUGGCUGAGGACCGAGGCAAGAGAGACUCUCUCCGAAUGAGUAUGAAGGGAUGCCGGACAAACAACGGGUUUGUCCAAAACGAAGACAUCCUAGAGAGGGAGCCGGAUCCAGGCAGCCCAGAUGACAGCUCUCAGCUGUGCGCAGUGGAUAUCCAUGGCACAGAGGACGUGCGACCUUACGCAGGGAUGCCCAAGGAGGUGCUGCUCCAGUUCUCCGGCCAGGCUUGCUACCGGGUCCCUCGAGAGAUCCUCUUCUGGCUCACAGUGGCUUCAGUGCUGGUACUCACCAGCAUCACCAUAGCCAUCAUCGCCCUGUCUCCAAAGUGCCUGGACUGGUGGCAGGUGGGGCCCAUGUACCAGAUCUACCCGAGGUCUUUCAAGGACAGCAACAAGGAUGGUAAUGGAGACCUGAAAGGCAUUCAAGAUAAACUUGACUACAUCAUGAAUCUGAACGUAAAAACUGUUUGGAUUACUUCAUUUUAUAAAUCAUCCCUUAAAGAUUUCCGACAUGGUGUUGAAGAUUUCCAAGAAAUUGAUCCCCUUUUUGGAACGAUGAAAGAUUUUGAGAAUCUGCUUGCAGCCAUACAUGAUAAAGGUUUAAAAUUAAUCAUUGAUUUAAUACCAAACCACACCAGUGAUAAGCAUGCUUGGUUUCAAUUGAGUCGGAACCGGACAGGAAAAUAUACUGAUUAUUAUAUCUGGCAUGACUGUACCCACACAAAUGGCAUAACCACACCGCCCAACAACUGGUUAAGUGUAUAUGGAAACUCCAGUUGGCACUUUGAUGAAGUACGAAAGCAGUGUUAUUUUCACCAGUUCCUGAAAGAGCAACCUGAUUUGAAUUUCUACAAUCCUGAUGUUCAAGAAGAAAUAAAAGCAAUUAUACAGUUCUGGCUCCAGAAGGGUGUUGAUGGCUUCAGUUUUGAUGCUGUUAAGUUUCUUCUAGAAGCAAGACAUCUGAGAAAUGAGAUCCAAGUGAAUAAGUCGCAAAUACCACAGACUGACACACACUACUCAGAGCUGUACCAUGACUUCACCACCACUCAGGUGGGGAUGCAUGACAUUCUUCGGAGCUUCCGGCAAACUAUGAACCAAUACAGCAGGGAGGCUGGGAGGUACAGGUUCAUGGGAACUGAAACCAGUGGGGAGAACAUUGACAGGACCAUGAUGUACUACGGGUUGCCUUUUAUCCAAGAAGCCGAUUUUCCCUUCAACAAUUACCUCGCCUUGCUCAACACUCCUGGAAACAGUGUACUGAAUAAGGCUAUCAUGUCCUGGAUGGAAAACAUGCCGGAAGGAAAAUGGCCUAACUGGAUGAUUGGUGGACCUGGUAACUCUCGCUUGACUUCUCGUUUGGGGAAAGAAUAUGUCAAUGUCAUGAAUAUGCUCAUUUUAACGCUCCCUGGAACCUCCAUAACUUACUAUGGGGAAGAAAUAGGAAUGGAAAAUAUUUUAUCCACAAAUCUCACUGAAAGUUAUGAUUAUAACACCCUUCUCUCAAAGUCACCGAUGCAGUGGGACAACAGCUCAAAUGCUGGGUUUUCGGAAGGCAAUCACACCUGGUUACCCAUCAGUUCCAACUACCACACGGUGAAUGUUGAUGUCCAGAACACUCAGUUGAGAUCAACUUUGAAGUUGUAUCAGGAAUUAAGUUUACUUCAUGCCAAUGAACUGCUCCUUAACAGGGGCUGGUUUUGCCAUGUGGGAAACGUGGGGGAUGACAGCCACGUAGUCGUGUACACGAGAGAGCUGGAUGGCCUCAACAGAGUGUUCACCAUGGUUCUGAAUUUUGGAGAAUCAACAUCAGUGGUAAAUCUAGCAGAAAUGAUCUCGGAACUUCCCUCAACUGUGAGCAUACGGUUAAGUACCAAUUCUGCCAACAAGGACAGUGCUGUUGAAACUACUGCCAUUAAACUGGACAAAGGAGAAGGACUCAUUCUUGAAUACAAUACAAAAUAUUUCCUUCAUCAACAAACAGCUCUCAAAGAUAAAUGCUUUGUUUCUAAUCGAGCAUGCUAUUUCAGUGCAUUAGACAUACUUCACAACUUGUGUUGA